AUGGUUGAGGCUGUGACUGCAAGCAGCGAAGAAUCCCAUGGUGAAGAAGCUGGAACAAGUGGUUUAGCACAUCAGUCAACAGCACGGCAUAUGAAAAAUAGUUUCAUAAGGAAGAAUGAAUCGACUCAGUCACUGCCAAUUCUGAAUUUUAUAGCUUUACCCGAGAAGCUUUCGGGUGAUUCUCCACUUCCAUGCGUCGUUCAAUCUACUUCUCCGGCAGAAAGUUCACGACUUUCUUUCGAACGACGACUCGAAAAUUUGUUUCGAUCCACUUCAGUGCAUCCUCCUCCAGGCAUGAUUAUUGAGACACACGAAGAAGAGCGACCAAACGAUGCAGGUGUCUUUGGUAUGCCUUUUCCAACACCAAAUACAGUACCUAAUACUGUGGAGUUAAAAGGAAUGCCUAUGUCCGAAACCUUUCUUAUCGAGCACAAUAAUACAAAAAUUACUGUUGCCAGGCAGCCAUCUGAUUUAAAUUCUGCUGAAUCUUGGAAAAACUCACAAAUACAGAUAACAUCAGACCCAGUACAUCGUAAUACUAUCUCAGAUCCAGUUUCUUUUGAGCUUGUCGCGUCUUCUCCGAUGGAUACUAUUUGCAAUAAGGUUAGAGAAGAACGGAGUGAAUUGGUUGAGGAUAAAAAAGUGGAAGUCGGAAGUUCGGAAGAGAAUAAGAAGCAAAGAGAACUGGAAGGGCAGAUUUUGGAGAAAAAAAAAGUAGCUCGGGAAAACUAUGUGCAUGCAGUAUAUGUGGCAGUUCGUGAAGACCUAAAAAAUGUUUUGCUGAAGGACUUAAUGCGCAAAAUUGAAAGUAUCGCUUUUGAAAAAUUGGAACGUGGUUGGAUGGAAAGAGAAAAAACUAAAAUAGUGGAGCAAGACGGUGAUUCAUGGCAAAAUGAAGCAAAGAACGAUGCUACUGAUAUUCCUAUAUUAACUGUUGAUAAAACCAACUUCUCUUCAGCUAGACAAACUGUUAGUUCGAAAGAUUCGCUGAAUGAGGUGGUCCGACAAGUGACUGAGCAAACAAGAGCUGAAAUGUCGGCUGCAUUUGGUCCCGAUACAGCGGCAUUGUUGGGCACUGGAUUAUUUUUCAAAGGUUUGGGCAUUGCACGAAAUAUGCCGAGUUUCAAAAAGAAACAAGUACACUUAUCACCGGAACGAAAACAACGAUCCAGAAGUAGUAGUUCCAGAUCAUUUUGUCUUCAUUCACAUACAGGAAGCGACAGGACUUCGGAAUCAAAUCGAAGCUGUGGAAGUGGAAGUCAAAAUCACAGUGCAAGUGAAAGCAGCUUGGCUGAAGGGAUAAGUUCCGAUGACGAAGGUGCGAGAAGUGCAAAUGAACGAAGUAUAAGUGGAGGUGAGUCUAUAUGUUCAGCAGGUCGUUCAACAAAAAAUUUUGGUUCUGGAACUUUCACGCCAUUUGAUGGAUCAACAAGUGGAGAAGAUGAAGAGGAAGAAGUGGACGAGGAGGAGGAGGGGGAGGAGGAGGAGCAGCAAGAAGAACAAGAGCAUAUGGAAAAGGUUUUUGAUGAAAUUCGAGCAAUUGACAAAUUGUCUGCACAUUCUGGCAUUGAAGAAAAGGCAAUGUUAUUUGUUAAAAAUGAAGCUGAAGAAAAUAAUGGAUGUGACGGAAUUGACUCAUUAAGCAGUUGCGUAGCAGCAUCUCACUUGAUAGGACGGGAUAAAAAUGCCGGUGAAUUUGGGACAAUACAUGAAGAGGUAUUCGAUGUCGCGAAUAUGGAAGGAUAUUUCAACGAUCAUUGCUAUCUUCCAAUGGAACUGUCGGAAAGGCUGAAAAAAGAAUUUAAAGAAAACGUUUCAAUAUACAGUGAUAACAAAGCGAUGUCCUCAGAGUAUUGUGAAACGAGAAAAUUGGGAAAACCAGAAAAAAUACCGCCACAAUGUGUACAAGAUAAAGCUGGUACGAUAAUGCAGUUGGUGAUAACGAAAGUAAAGAAACGAUGUUAUCGAAAUGAACUUGCUUCGUUACUUCCACCACCCGUCGAUGUAGAGCAACUCGCAUGGGAGACAAGUUGGAAACCUGCAAAACAAUGGGAGAAACGAACUCCUGAAGAAGAAAAACAGAUUUUUUGGAAGUUUGAAAAAGAAGGCUUGGAUUCAGAAGAUUUGAUGUUUUUGGAAAAAGCCUUUCAUGGGAUGCAGAAUGAUGGAACGGCAACAUGGAAUAGAAAAUUAUACUGGGUACCGCCAAGAAAAGUGCCAGAAAUCCAUCUAUUGGACAAACCGAAGAAAGUUGGGAAAAAUAUUUAUUAUUACGAUGAUCCUGAACUAGAAGGUGUGGUACCCCAUUCGUCGGGAUGCGCACGUACAGAAGGCUACUAUAAAUUAUCCUACAAGGAAAAAAGAGGUGUUCUACGACGACCGGAUGUUUUCUUAACGGAAAUAAAUGAAAGGGAUGAUGAAAAAGCUCGGUAUCUGGUACAGUCUACACGAGAAGCACGAAGUAUGAAUCGUCGUUUACUGACAUCAAUGGGUGAUACCUCGUCUGACAUAUUCAAAGUUAAUCAACUAAAAUUUCGUAAAAAGUUAAUCAAGUUUGCUCGAUCUCGUAUUCACGGUUGGGGUUUGUAUGCAUUGGAAGCAAUAGCUCCAGAUGAGAUGAUUGUUGAGUAUAUCGGACAGAAAAUACGACCGACAGUGGCAGAUGAACGCGAAAAACGUUACGAAAGACGUGGCAUGGGUUCGAGCUAUUUGUUCCGUAUCGAUUCGGAUAAUGUCAUUGAUGCUACACAAAUGGGAAAUUUGGCACGAUUCAUAAAUCAUUCGUGCCAACCAAACUGUUAUGCAAAAAUUGUCGUAGUAGAUGGCGAGAAACGCAUCGUUAUUUAUAGCAAGUUGGCAAUCAAUAAAGGCGAUGAAAUAACAUAUGAUUAUAAAUUCCCGAUCGAAGAAGACAAAAUUGAUUGCCUAUGCGGAGCACCAGGAUGUCGUGGAUCUUUGAAUUAG